AUGAAGUUCCUCAAGGUCGGCCGCGUCGCCAUCAUCACCCACGGUCGCUAUGCCGGCAAGAAGGUUGUGAUCAUCCAGCCUGUCGACAGCGGCAACAAGGCCCACCCCUUCGGCCACGCCCUCGUCGCCGGCAUCGAGCGCUACCCCUCCAAGAUCACCCGCCGCAUGUCCAAGACGCGCCAGGAGAAGCGCUCCAAGAUCAAGCCCUUCGUCAAGCUCGUCAACUACAACCACCUCAUGCCCACCCGUUACACCCUCGAGCUUGAGGGCCUCAAGGGCACCGUCUCCAACGACACCUUCAAGGAGCCCAGCCAGCGUGAGGACUCCAAGAAGACUGUGAAGAAGGUUCUGGAGGAGCGUUACACGAGCGGCAAGAACCGGUGGUUCUUCACUCCUCUGAAGUUUUAA